CAGCUUGAAGCAAGCCGCAAUUUUCGCACACGACCGACGACGACGACGGCGAAUCGUGUUGCCAAAAAACAGGCCGUAUACUUUACUCACCGUACUGUAGUCGACACCCUCGAGAAAGAUGACCGUCAGCGUAGAAGAAGGGCAUCAUCCCUUGGACGGCCAUGCUGCUAGCGGAAACCCACGCCAGCAAGCGGCUUGGGGCCGGCGGUGGCAAGUCGUCACAGGCACAAAGACAAGGAUGUAUCAGUCCGUCGGUCUUUACUCCGCGCAAGUCGUCACAUCUCUAGCCCUUGCCAUUACCGUCGGCGUAAACGGCCGGUACGGCUCCCAAUGCUUCCUCCAAUACAACCGCAACUACCAAAAAAUGAACGAAACCGCCCCCUGCACAGCGCCCAUCACUGAAUCCAUCCUCUCCCUCCUCCUCGCCGUCGCAAUCUGCGUGUACAACGUUCGCUCCCUCAAACUCUUCAUCCCGCGCAACCGCUACGCCAUCCUCGCCGAAAUCGGGUUCUCGGCCGUGAUGGCGUUCAUGAUGUGCUUUGCGGGCGGGUACCUGGCCAAGGCGAUCAGCAUGACCUGCAGGAAUUUGGAGGUCAAUAAUAAAUAUCAGGAGAAGGAUUGUGCGGGACUGAUUGAGAUGUUUUUUGUGGGGACGAAUGCGAAUGCGGGGCUUGCGGGGUUGAAGUUUGGGGUUUUCCUGGGGUUCUUGUCGGGUGCUCUUUGGGCCAUCUCAGCAGUCCUCGAGUACUUCGCAUACACCCAAGGUCUGGGGAUCUAAGUCUAUAGGACAGUGAAAGACGGACGAAUAGUGGACAGCGCCUGCGCACAUGCCAAGAGAAGAGCGACCUAGAGCUAGAGAGCUAGCAUCGUCGAGAGAGUACAGUAGAAAUGGACUGCAUAUAGAGUCCAGUUGGUGGACGCAGGCGCAAACAGUUGGGGUUUGACGAGACAUUUGGUAUAAAAUGACCGGCGUAUUGAUUUGCAUCUCCUGCGAGAAGGACGUAGUUUUCUUAUGUAGUAUUCCCUCCGCUAGUUUUUGGUAAUCGUUUUAAGUUCAGUUUAAUGAGAAUUGUUUGCAAUCGAAA